GCAGCAUCCGCUCAGGAGCCGCGGGGCCUGCGAUAUUAUUGGUUGCUGGCAAUCAUCGGGGGUCCAGAUGUAGUUGCAGGAGAAUCACGUUGCCCCCACUGAUCCACAUAUCCCACACUGCAUGGCUUCAAUUGCUGGUGACUCGCAGCGUGUCUCCAUUACCCCAGUCCUGCACACCCUCAUGCUGGGGUCUCAGGCCUCUCACAGACUGACCAAUGACUGCUUGGAUUGUUCUGCCUGUCAGCCUGUCUGCCUUCUCCAUCACGGGGAUAUGGAUCGUUUACGCCAUGGCUGUAAUGAACCAUCAUGUAUGUCCGGUUGAGAACUGGUCAUACAAUUUGACAUGCACAGAGGAAACGGCUAAGAGGGGCUUCCCAAAGACCUGCUGUACCCUUCAAGACAUCCCCCUUAUCAGUAAAUGUGGUUGCUAUCCACCAGAGAGCUGUCUCUUCAGUUUGAUAGGCAAUGUUGGGGCCUUUAUGGUGGUCAUGGUGUGCAUGCUGCGAUACGCUCAAGUGAUUGAACACAGUCAUCACUGCUGGACCAACACAAGUGCUUUGGUGUCCGGCUGCAUCAAUGCCCUUGGGUUGGUCAUGGUGGGCAACUUCCAAGUGGAUCAUGCCAAGACGCUUCACUAUGUUGGAGCAGGUGUAGCUUUCCCCGCAGGCUUGCUGUUUGUGUGUCUGCAGUGUGUUCUGACAUACCGUAUAGCAGAGACAGCACUGGACUACUGGAUGGCUCAUGUACGCGUGGCUCUCUCGGCUGGAGCUCUCGUAUCACUUGUCCUCAGUGGUGUCUUCUUCGUGCAUGAGAGUUUUGUUUUGCAGCAUGCUGCAGCCAUCUGUGAAUGGGUCUUCACGGUUUUGGUCCUAGUGUAUUACGGCACCUUUACUUAUGAGUUUGGCACUGUCAACACUGACACCAUGAUGGCGGCCUUAAUGAAACGCAGUCAACAUCACCAUCCAGGGUCAUCGGUCAUUAUGGGGGGCAUUAGUAAGGGUGUUGCAAUGGGAUGUGGCGCCCGUGGUCUAAAGUCACCCGGAGGCAGCAGCACUUCCACACACCUCAACUGCACACCAGAGAGCAUCGCCAUGCUUUAGGAGUUAACCACUAAAGCACUCGCUCAGACCUCAGCACAUAGACUCUGAACUCUUCAUCUGGCUCAUGGAUUUGAGAAAAACUGGUACAAGCAAUACAGCGUUUACAGUGAGUUUGCAGACUUGCUAAAUAUAAUCAUAACAGUAACAGGUAAGGUAUUUAUCGUUCAAGUGUAAGAUAACUCAAAGAGAGUCUCAGUAACCAGCAGAGAUGAUUCUUUCCCCAUGAAUCAUGGGAACUUUGAGAGAAAGGAUUUAAAACUGCAAUAAUUCAUCUCCAAAGGCACAUUCACACUGACCAUGACAAAAAGUGUUUAGGGUUAACCUAAUUUCCCAUUGGUUGAGGAAAUUAGGACAUCUUGUAGAGUGCUGCUUGGAAGAUGCAUUUUUAUAGCUGAAACCCAUAAACUAUUUAGCAUUUUAACUCAUCCAAUUUUUUAAUCCUAAGGUUAUUUAUGUGUUAUUAUAAUUUUUUGUACUUAAUUUGUUUCGCUAAUGUCAUAUGUAUUAAAAAAAAACAAUUCAAGAAAUA